GCCACUUCCCUGCUGGAGGGCCCCCCUCCGAGCCGCCCAGCUCAGCCCUCCCUCACCCCCCCCCUUCUCAUCCUCCUUAUCUUGCCCGGAAGAGAGGGCAGAGGGCAGGGUGCAAAGGCCUGGCUGGUCCUGCCUGGAGGAGGCAAAAGGCUUGAAAUGGGGGCUCCCCCACGCCCCUGCCAGCUGCUGCUCCUGCUGGGGGUCUUCCUCCUCCUGCUCUACCUCUCCAGCCGGCACCUCCCAAAACUCUCCCUGGCUGCCUGUGUCCGGGGCAGGCAUCGGUGCCCAUGGCUCGGGGAGACGCUGCCCAAGGAGGAAGAGCACUUCCUUGUCUUCCUGCAGCCCGGUCCUGCCUCUGCCCCCGCUGGGACCCCAACACCCCCCCUCCCUCUCUGGGGCGAAGAGUUUGACAUCAGGCAGCUGCGAAGGGCUUUCUCGACCAGCCUCUCCCCCCGGGGUGAAAUCCUCCUCCGAGAAUACCUCCACGGCUGGAGGCAGCUGCUCAAGUUCAUGGAGGCGCUGGGCACAGCCUUUGGGCUGAUCUCCCGGGAGACCGAGUCCAAGAUCAGCAUCAUGGAGCAGCACCAGGAGGGGCCGCACAGCCUCCACUACCACACUGUGCAGUCCAUGGUGAAGUUUGAGCUGGCCUCGGGCUUGGUGGGCUUCCAGUCCCUGCCAGCCCACCAGCCUCCCUCGGGCUGCCGGACCCUGCUGCGCCUCCAUCGUGCCCUGAAGUGGCUGGAGCUCUUCCUGCACAAACUGGGCACCAGCCAGAAGGAUGAGAAAUCCUCCCGGAUGUGUGCAGAGGCCUACCGGGUGGCCCUCGCCCCGUAUCACAGCUGGUGGGUGCAGCAGGCCGUUGCCCUGGCCUUCCUGGCUAUGCCCUCCCGCCAGGAGCUGUACCACAUCAUCGUGCGGGGGGAGAAGCCGGCGGCUGGGGCCAUUGUUCUGACCACGGUGGAGAGCCUGAGCCGGGUGUACAACGUCACCCAGGAGGUCUACUCUGCCCAUGGGAUGCUGGAGCUGCCCUAAGGAUGCCCAGGGCACGGUCGAGGUUUCACGCCCACCACCUGAAGGACCGAUCUGGGGCCAGUGGCCUGGUCUCCCGGGCAGAAAGCGGCUGGGGGGGGGCUGUUCCUGCUCCAUGGACCACCCAGAUAGCAGCCCCCCUUUAGUGCCUGGAAGUCCCCAGUGGAAGACAGCAGGGUUCCAUUCGGGGGAGGGGAAGACAUUAAUAAAGGGCCUUGGGAGAAUUUACCCACCCAGGGACCCAGCACGAA